AUGGAAAUCCAAAAGAAACUCCAAGAAUACAAUCAAUUCGUUGAAGGAAAACUGAAACCGGACCUCAGAGACAUCGAAUCGGUUUUAACGGAAAAAUCCAGUCAAACCAAGGAAUGGACCGACUUGAAAAACACCCUUAAAGUACUAAAAGAAUUCAAAGAAAAAGACCGCGACAUGAACAUUUUACUAGACCUAGAAAACAAUGUAACCGCAUUUGCAAAAAUAUGCGACUAUGAAACAACUUACGUGGACAUUGGUUUGGACUACAAGCUGGAAAUGAAUUGCGAAGAAGCUGACAAAUAUGCCGAUAUCAGACUGAGGCUGUUGCAAAAAGAAAUUAAUCAUCUAAGAGAAUUGGCUGUUAAAGUUAAAGUACACAUUAAAAUGGUUUUGUUGGCCAUGGGUGAACUACAAGCUACUUUAAACAAAUAA